AUGUAUACCACCACAAUAACACACCUACGACCCCAACUAUCCUCAUUGGCCAAGUCGAGUGCUCGUCGAAGCUUCACUACCUCACGUCGUCUACACUCCGAACCAGCUGCCGCAGAUGUAGCAGCUUCAUUCCUCUCACGUUUCCAAUCAUUGGGUCCUCAGAUCCGCACACAGCAAUUGGAUGCCAAUCAACUCCAACUUCUCACACUUACGCUUAAUCGUCCGUCUCUUUUCCCCGGUUCAUCCUCACUAUCCAAUACUCCAAGCGGUCUUCCUACCGAAACCCCCGUUCCACCUGGUUAUCAUCUAGUCUACUUUACACCAGCAUUUUUGGAGACUGAGGUAGGCGCAGAUGGCACAGAUACGUCAUACAAUCCCGAUGCGCCGUUUACGCGACGAAUGUGGGCAGGUGGGGAGGUACUUUGGCCUAGACAGUCAGACGGGAAGCCCAACCUCCUACGGGUGGGACAAGAAGUACAGGAGACGACCCGUGUACUGAGCGCGGAGUCCAAGGUUGUCAAGAAAACAGGCGAAGAUAUGAUUGUGGUGGGAGUGGAGAAGGAAUUCGCAAACGAGCACGGCGUCUGUGUUGUUGAUCGAAGGAACUGGGUAUUCCGCAAAGCCUUACCACCGCAAUCGCCAUCAUCUGUCUCCGCAGAUACCCUCCCUGCAUCAUCAUCGCAUGCUGCUUUGCCCAAGGAGACCUCAAUCUCCACACAAGGGAAUACUCAUUCGCGGAGCUUUGUACGGACUCCGGUGACGUUGUUUCGAUUCUCGGCCUUGACAUUCAAUCCACAUAAGAUUCAUUAUUCCGUGCCAUGGGCACGCGAAGUGGAGGGGCACAGGGACUUGGUUGUCCAUGGACCAUUGAACUUGAUCACUAUUCUCGAUCUAUGGAGGGAUACCCGCAGUCAAACGGGAGAUCCAACUCUGCUAGUCCCGAAGCGAAUCUCUUACCGUGCAACAAGCCCAUUGUAUGCGGGUGAAGAGUAUUCGGUUAAUUUGGAGGAAGGGGCAGAUGGAGCAAAGGUAAAGAUCAUCGCCCCGAGUGGUGCUGUCGCGAUGAAAGCGGAGAUUCAAUAA